CUGUCUUAACUAAUUUACAGUGCUUUGCUGAAAUUAUUAUACUAAAAAAAAAUAAAAAAAUCAAUCUUCAAUAGUGUGUGUGUUAAAUUCGCUUCAUUAUGAUCGUUAAUAUGCCCGUAACUCCCAGCGGUCACUCGCCAAAUCCUUUGCCGGCAACUGCCGCGACCACAAACUGCCACGACGGCAGCUCACCGACGCAUUGUGAAUAUAAUUUUCUAAAAAGAAAAUUUGACGGUGAGUGUGACUUAAGUGACUGCAGCGCCAACGUCACUGUGUCGGAAAGCAGCAACGCUGAUUAUCAAAACUCCACGGCCUGCACAACGCCGGCCUGGAAGAAGCGUCACCUGCAAGAAACCACCAGUGAUACAACCGAUGCAAAUUCCUGUUACAAUAACAAUGCCACCAACAACUACAAUAUCUACAGUCAGCAUACACACAACGAGACACAAAUGCUGAUAGAUGCCAUACAAACCGAUGAAAAUGUACAGAAUGAAAUAUGUGUCAGCACAAGUGCCAGCAAUGCCACCAACAACAACUGUACUACAAUUAACAACAACAAUAACAAUGAUAAAGCUAACAAUAAUAAUAAUAAUAAUAGUAACAACAACAGCAAUAUGACAUUUAAUCUGAUAAGCGGCAGCAGUUCCUUCAUCAACGAUCUCUUCGCCUACGAUGCCAAUCUGAUUGUGCCAGUUACCGCUAGUCUGGUGAGCCAGCCCACCAAUGGCAGUGCUGAUUCUACAUUGCCGACCUUUGUAACACCAUCCAAUGUCUGUGUAAAUACCAACUAUGAUGAUGGCAGCAAUUGGCAAGCCACCGAUCUGCUAGAGCUCGAUCAUCGUUAUAAUUCUGGUUUGCAAACCGAAAUCGCACACCUACAUCCGACAGUCGCUUUGAAGGCGGCCGAGGAGAGCACACUCAGUGUUGUACAGCAAAGUCAAAAGCACCCACAUCCAUUACAGCAACAACAGCAAAUGGAGGCAUCCAAUCAAUCACAGUUUCUAAUUCCUGAGAAACAAGUGUCAAGUCCAAAUGGCAAUACGGCUCUUAGCAGAUAUCGUACGUUACCAGCAGGCGGUCAAUUCUUCCAAACGCAACCUACUCAACAAUCUAUGCUUGCACAAUCAAAUACACUGACAGAUACAGAUGCUGACUUUGAGGACCGCAAUCUCUCGUGGUUACUAAAUUUUAAAUUCGACGAAUUUCCUCAUCUUUCCCCAGAUUUGGGCGGCAAUAGCAAUAAUAAUUCGCGCACGAACACUUUAAAUAACGGUUUGCACCACCGGAAUACCUGUUCGCCUACAUCCUCGCACAAAUCGAGCUCCUGCUCUCCACAAUCCUCAACUCCUCACUCUGGUGUUCAACAAAAUGUUAACGAUUACAUGCGUUCACCGAAGGGCACUACGAAGGCGGGAAAAAAGUUUGAGGAGCUUGUUAUGGAAGUCACCGCCGAGGUGGAUGGCAAUGAUAUGAUGGUCGCUGAGAAUGUUGUAGUCGAGAACUCGCCACAGAGAACGCCAAAGAAACCACCAUUCACGUAUACGGAGCUCAUUGAAUACGCCCUCGAGGAUAAGGGUGAACUAACGGUUUCUGGAAUAUAUCAAUGGAUAUCGUAA